AUACUUUAUUUUGAGGUUAUAAAAAUUAAAUACCGAAACCAUCAAGCGAAAUCCAAACUUAACUUUGUCAAUAAUUAUUUGGAUUUGCGAUGAGAUUAUUAUAGCUAAUAUUUAAGUUUAUGUGAUUAUGAAUAAAAAAUGAAAGACGAAAAUAAUAUAAAUAAAGCUCCUAAAGAGAUAAUUUCCUCUUUAUUGGAUGCUUUCGAUUUUCUGAAAUCACCAAAAGAUGAUUUAAAAGUUACGGGCGCUCUAAAAGUUAUUUCUCGUCUAAAAGAAAAUGAGAAUGAAAAAAACUUACAAUAUACCUUGAAACGAUUGAUAAGGAGUCUGGGUGCAAAUGCACCUGACAUGCGGAUGGGUCAUUUUGCUACUCUUGUGAGCCUGUUAUCCAAAUUUGACCAGAUAACAACAUCCCAUUUGUUAGAUUUGGUAAAGAAAGAGUUACAUGCAAGUGGAUCCUCGAAAAGUGAAGUUGGAGAUGUAUCUUUGGGUCAGAUAUUGGUGUGCUGUGCUGUGUUUAGAUCUGGUCUGAUGUUAAAAAGCACAAAUGAACAGCAGAAAGAAUUAUUACAACUUCUAAAAACAGCCAGCACUAAAAAGGUGUAUUUAAAUACUGUUGCAUCUCUUGUUUUGUUAGACUUUGUUGUUCAGCUAAAUGAAGACCAAUUUGCGACAAUUGUGUGGCCAAACAUUAAACAGGAAUAUAAAAAAGACAUUAAGGACCACACAUUGGAUUCUCUAUAUUUUCUCCUUGUGGUCAGUGCAAAAUUUCCCCAACAAGUUAAGCUAAGAAAGCUUAUUGGUGUACCUGAUGUAUUGCAUGAAGAUCAUAUUCCUGAUAUCUGUGAAAAGCUAAUGACAGGUGUAGACUUCAAUUCCAUAAGUCACCCUAUUUACAAAGAAAUUGGAGUUCAAAUUGUUAAAUCUCCACAUCUACAAUUAUUUUGGAACAAAAUAGAUGGAUAUCUUGUGAAACAUAAUAGAAACAGAGAAUUAGCAUCAUUAAAUAUAUUAAACACAAUUUUACUUAAUUUAAAUGAAAAUGUUGCCAUCAUACCUGAUUUGCUUAGUGACAACUUUUUUAAGUUGUUUAUGGAUUGGUUUAAAGGUUUGCAGACAGCAAGUAAAAUCAGGAAUAGGAGAGAUGAUGAGGAUGAUAAUAAAAUCAUGAUUACAAAACAAAAGGAGGUGCUUCAUGCUUUAGCAAAAGCAUUGAAAAAUACAAUGGUUGAUAGUCAAAUUAGGGUGGCAACAUUUAAAAAGUUGCUGUUGCAUCCUGGUGAAAUAAAUUUUUCAGAGAUCACAGGUUCUACUAUUGUUAAAUCUAUUAUAGCAGAUCUUGAUUCAGGUGGACUAAAAAAGAUGGCUAAAGUUUUAAAGAAAGUUCUAUUGAAUACAUCAAAAAAAUAUAUUAAAGAGAAUGUUGAGAGAAAUUGGUACAACAAUGAAAGAGUAAAAGCAUCUGAACUCAUUUCUUUAAUAGUGAGUCAUGAAGCUGUCAAAGAUGAUACACAAUUCAAAAUUACAAAUAUGCAACUUCUGAUGUGCUUCGGAUUCUUCAAAAUUAGUGGAGAUAAUGAUGUAGCAGUUAGCAGUGAAUUAGCAGGUUCCAUUAAGACCAGCUUUUACCGCUGCUUCACAUCGCGUUCUUCAAAUGUAGAUAAUUUGGUGGAAGUUUUAUCAUCACUUACCUCAUUCAUAUCCAACAUUAUGAUAAAAGAAAAAGUUAGAGAAAAACUGGAGAAACAAUUUCCAAAAGAAAACAUGGACUGUUGGGAAAUGCUUACAGAUGUGUGUCAAAAGUUACAAAAAAAUGAGACUAACUCAAAAGUAGAUAAAGUUUUUCUUAUUUUGCUAUAUCAACUUGGUCUGUUUUUAUUUUCGGAGCCUACUCAUGUUAAGAUGGCGCGAAGUUCUAUAGCAGAGUUAAAAAGUUGUUAUGAUCAUUAUAAGAAGGAAUUGAAAAUGAAAAGAGCAAAAGAUAAGAAUAAUUUUAUAAAUGAUGAGCCAGAAUGGAUCGAAGUAAUGGUUGAAGUGUUGUUGUCCAUUUUGUCAAUUGAAUCUAGUGUACUUCGUGCAGUAGUUCAAUGUGUUUUCAGACUUCUUUGGGAAUAUUUAACACCUUCAAGUAUUGGUCAAAUUGUGUCUGUUUUGGACCCAGACAGUGAAUCUAAUCCUCUUACACAGGAAAGCGAAUCUGAAGAUGAAGAUGAAGACCAUACAGACUCUGAAAAUGCUGAGGCAGAGAAUUCUGAAGAAAAUAUGGAGGUUAAUGGAGAAAUGAGUGAUGACAGUGAUAGCGAAGUAGAAGAUGAUGAUGAUUAUGAUGAAGAUAUUAAGACACCUGACCAACUUCGCAUAGCGGUACAAAAGGCUCUGGGAACAGCUGCAGCUCCUGAUACUGACAGUGAAAGCAUUGAUGCAGAUAUGUUAACAGAAGAAGAAGGUAAAAAACUGGAUGAUGCUUUAGCGGAGGCGUUUAAGCAAUUUAAUGAAGACAAAAAUAAGAAAAGUAAAAAAGAUCGAAAAAAUAAGAAAGCUUUAGCAGAUUUUAGGAUAAGGGUGCUUGAUCUAAUAGAUAUUUACUUAGAGAAGGAUCCAGCAAUGGACAUUUGUUUAGGAAUGAUUGCCCCUUUAACCAGAUGUCUUGAGUUCUGUAUGCAGGAUAAUCAAUUUAAAGAAUUGGAAAACAGACUAAGAAAAACUAUUAAAAAUCUUACAAAAAUCAGAAAAUUUACAUCUGUUGGUGACAUUGAUGGUAAAAUAUUAGAAGAUUAUUUGAAAUCUAUUAUAGAUAAAGGUGACAGGUCCCAUUUUAUGUACCAAGCACUUGGUGACAUCAUAACAUACUUUGCUGUAUUUAUUAUUCACUGUUCACAAAAACUUGACAUGGAUAUUUCAGAAGUAUCAAAAAAGCAGGGCGACAAUUCACCAAUUGUUGAGAAAUUUAAAGUAUAUGUGGAAAAUUAUUUUCGUAAUCGUAAUUGCUUGCUUCCCAUAAUUUUUUUCCACAAUGUCUUGCAAACAGAAUGGGAAGGAAAGUUUAAACUAAUCCCCAUUAUAAUUAAAAACAUAUUUGAUGACACUGUGAGGCAAUUUCGUCGCAAUGAAGGUCUUAAUUUAUUAAUUGGAUUUUACCAAGCAUUAAAUAGGUGUAAACCCACUUUAAAAGCAACAAUAAGUGAUAUUUUGAAUGCAGAAAAAUGUUUCAAUGAUUCAUUUACAAAAUUUGUAAAAUCGAACCAUGAAGUAGAAAUGAAAUCCAAUUUUUUGGUAUCUUUGAGAAAAUUACUUAAUGUAAUGAAAAUGUUUCACGAAAAUAGUAAAAUACAAACGGACUUAGACAUAAAGUCAAUGUUAGACGCGCUGACAUCAUUUAAGACUACUGUUAAAGUAAAACACAACAGUGAAAAACCGAAUCACACACACAGUGGAAAAUCAAAGAAAAAAAACAAGCGCAAAAUACUACAGACUAAUGGUGUUCCAUCAGAACCAGAUGUAAAAAAAUCAAAAUUGGAUUCUUGUAGUGAAUAAUUUUUAAUGUCAUCUUAUUUAAUUGUACAUUUGCAAUUGAAUGAAAUAUAUAAUUUGUAAUAAUAA